CCGAAAUUUCGAUAGGUUGUCAAACGCGCGGAUGCUUCCUUUUAGGGGCAAAGGGUGUAACCUAUCUAUUUAUGGUGGCCAGCGUUCAGCAUGAUGUCAGGAUGAGCGUUUUCAUUGCAUGACGCGUCUUUUUCUGAAGCACUUUAAGCCAAGGGAAAAUUUGCUUAUAAAAAGAGCGUGAAUUGGCUGGCGUCUUUCUUUCAAUUCAACACUAUAACAAAGAAAUUUUAAAUCUAUCCAACAUGUUCUCUUCUCACUCUGCUCCCCGUGGUGUCCUCACUGUCAAGGUUAUUGAAGCCCGCAACUUGAAGGACGAAGACUUGGCUGGCAAGAACGAUCCCUAUGUCGAGUUGUGGCUCGAUGAAAAGUACAAGCAGCGCACCGAAGAACAAAAGAACACUGAUAACCCCGUCUGGAACCAGACCUUCACCUUCAACGUUGAAGAAGGCUCUUCCCUCCACAAGUUGUGCAUGAAGGUCGUCGACAAGGAUACCGUUGGUACUGAUAAGAUCGGUGAUGGCAAGCUCGAUGUCACCGAUGCUUUCAAGGGUCAAGAUAUUGAUACCUGGGUCAAGUUGCCCGCCAAGUUGGGUCUCACCAGCCAUGGUGAAAUUCACGUUUACGUUAGCUUCCAAGCCAACUAAACAUCUUGAUUCCUCUUUUUAUCCCCCUUCCCCCUCUCGUAAAUACUUGAUAUUGACAAAAAGCAACAACUAUUCUUGGCUUUUGAAAUGUAAAUGCACUAGGAAGAACCUCUGUACUUUAGCACCUUCCGUUCGCUAUUGUAGUGUUACUAAAUAAAUUUGAACGAAAAACCAUUUGUUUGGUUGUAUGAAACAAAAAAAAAAAAGAUUAAUAUUAAAAUUUU